AUGUCAACUGCUACUUAUCAAGAGAGGGCUGCACGCCAUCCUAGUCCCGUUGCUUCAAAGCUACUGAGUCUGAUGCAUGAGAAGAAGACGAACCUGUGUGCUUCGGUAGACGUUCAGACGACCGCCGAGCUGCUGAAAUUGGUGGAUACCCUAGGUCCUUACAUUUGCCUGCUGAAGACCCAUGUCGAUAUCAUCUCAGACUUCAGCUUCGAGGGCACAGUCAAGCCUCUCAAAGAGCUGGCCAGCAAGCACAAUUUUUUGAUCUUCGAAGACAGAAAGUUUGCUGACAUUGGCAAUACGGUCAAGCUUCAGUACUCAUCUGGUGUUUAUAAGAUUGCCGAGUGGGCCGAUAUUACCAACGCUCACGGUGUCACUGGCGCUGGGAUUGUCACCGGUCUCAAACAGGCUGCCCAGGAAACCACUACGGAACCCAGAGGCCUUCUGAUGCUCGCAGAGCUCUCUUCCAGGGGCUCGCUGGCCCACGGCGAAUACACAAAGGGCACCGUCGAGAUUGCCAAGACAGACAAGGACUUCGUGAUUGGGUUUAUCGCCCAAAGAGACAUGGGCGGAAGAGACGAGGGCUUCGAUUGGCUGAUCAUGACCCCGGGAGUCGGUCUCGACGACAAGGGCGACGCUCUUGGACAGCAGUACAGAACCGUGGACGAAGUUGUCUCCACGGGCUCCGACAUCAUAAUCGUCGGCAGAGGCCUGUUUGCGAAGGGAAGAGACCCCAAAGUGGAGGGCGAACGUUACCGUGCAGCCGGAUGGAAGGCAUACGAAAAGAGAUGCCAGGCCAGAGCCGUCUAG